AUCAAAAGAUCAAGUCUUUAGGAUACAAUGACUGAAGAGUGAAGGCUCAUGCCAAUAGCUCCGAAUUGCUGCGAAACGUUCUUUUCUAGCUGAUGAUCCAGACCCGAAUUUCAUGCUUGAGGCAAAAACUCAAAAUCAGACCCACAGAGCUCUUUCCAAAACACCACUACUCUACAUUUUCACAAGAUCAAAAGCUUAUUUCUCUGUUGAACUCUUGCGCGGAUGCCCGUGAAAUCUCUCAAAUCCAUGGCCUCAUGGUCAAGACAGGCCUUGACCGCAUUCCUUUCACAUUGAGCAAGCUUCUUGCAUCUGCCAUUGUAGACAUAGACUAUGCAGCAUCAAUCUUCAAACAUGUUCAAGACCCAAAUCUCUUUAUGUUCACUACCAUGCUCAGAGGCUUUUCAGGUAGUGAAGACCCAAAACAAGCUCUCUCUCUCUUCAAUCAUGUUAGGACUUUGGGAAUUGUGCUUGACCAGUUCUGCUUCAUUACCACCCUCAAAGCUUGUGCUCGUCUGUUGGUCAUACAUUGCGGCCGAGGGAUUCAUGGGUUAAUUCUAAGAUCUGGGCAUGGACUGUUCAUCAAUGUCAUGAACACCCUCUUAAGCCUUUAUUGUUUGUGCGGCAGCAUUAGAGAUGCCCAUCAGUUGUUUGAUGAAUGUCCUCAGAAAAUAGAUUUGGUUUCAUGGAGCACUUUGUUGGGCGGAUAUCUUCAUGUGGCUCAGCCUACUAUGGUUAUUGAGUUGUUCAGGCAAAUGGGUAGAAGUGGUUUGGAAUUUGGCAUAUCCACAAUUUUGACUGUUCUUUCUGCUGCUGGUGAAUCAGGAAAUCAUACUGGAGGGGAAUGCAUUCAUGGAUACUGCAUCAAGAUUGGCUUUUGUUCUGAUGUGAGCCUGUCUACUGCUUUGAUUAGUAUGUAUGCAAAGACUCGGCGUGUUGAUUUGGGGCGUAGAGUUUUCGACGGAGCCCCUAGGAGGGAUGUUAUUUCGUGGAAUUGUUUGAUAGAUGGGUAUGCCAAAAGUGGUCAGCUGGAAGAAUCAUUAGCUUUACUAUGGCUUAUGAAAAUCGAACAAGUGAAACCAAAUUCCUCUACCUUGGCACAAUUGCUUUCAUCUUGUGCAGCCUCAGGGGCCGCGAGUGUAGGCCAAUGCAUCUAUGACUAUGUGGAGGAGGAACAAGUGGUAAUGGAUGCAGUUCUUGGCACAGCUUUGGUAGAUAUGUACUGUAAAUGUGGGUUUCUCGAUGAGGCCAUUGAAGUUUUCUACAAGAUGGGUACCAAAGAUGUGAAAUCUUGGACUGCCAUGAUUUCAGGCUAUGGGGUUCAUGGGCAUGCGAAAAAUGCCGUUGAACUCUUCUACAAGAUGGAGGAGGAGGGGUUUAUACCCAAUGAAAUCACUUUCUUGACAGUUCUGAAUGCAUGUAGCCAUGGAGGGUUGGUCGUUGAGGCAAUGAACUGUUAUGAGAGGAUGGUUAAAAAAUAUGGAUUUUCACCUGGGGUUGAACACUACGGAUGCAUGAUCGAUCUCUUGGGUCGUGCAGGGUUGAUAGAGGAAGCAUAUAAACUAAUUAAAAGAUUACCCACCAAGAGUGACACUACAGCAUGGCGUGCAUUACUCGCUGCUUGCAGGGUGCAUGGAAAUGUUGAUUUGGGGGAACGUGUGAGGAGAGAGUUGAUAGGAACCCACAAUGAACACCCCACUGAUUCAUUACUUCUUACUAGCACUUAUGCCAUUGCAGGAAGGCUGCCUGAUCAUACAAAAAUGCAGGAGAUGAAGGAAGAGAAGACAAUGGAGGUUGACCACUGGUCAAUUGAAAACAGGAAGGACAAAAUGUCGAAGGAACCUGGAUGUAGCAUAAUUGAGAUGGAUAGUGAACGUUGGGAAGAUCUGAGUACAGUUCGGGGCCUGGUUAACUAGCUCAACAAAUUCACCCAGCGAGGAACCUACAUGUUCAUUGAUCUGAACAAUGUCCAAGGAUUGAUCCUGCAAAAUUUUUCAACUCCAAAGUUCCCUUUUGCUCAGAUGAAAAUAGCAAGUCAGAAUUUAAUUUUCAAAGAAAACAAGCAUGUGGAGAGAAUUUGGCUAGAGAGGCCACAAACAAAGCAAAUAUAAUUAAAUUUAGAUUC